AUGGUACCGUGGAACAGAAUUUUGACAAGCAUAAAGUGGAAGGACAAAACUCUGCACCUGGCAACCAAAAAUGAGAUACAUAAGAUCAUGAUUAAGAGCCCAAAAGAAGUGGAUUUUCCGUUAAAACAGGAGGGUGGUCAUUCUCAAUCAAUUAGUGAUCCUGAAAAAGCAAAGGCUUCAUCAAGCUCAGCAGCACAAUGGCCAAGAUUGAAGGAUCCAAGGAUUGUUCGAGUAUCUAGAGCCUUUGGAGGAAAAGACAGGCAUAGCAAGGUUUGCACAAUAAGAGGGUUAAGAGACAGACGGGUGAGAUUAUCAGUACCAACUGCUAUCCAACUCUAUGAUCUUCAAGAUAGGCUAGGGCUCAGUCAACCAAGCAAGGUUGUUGAUUGGUUGCUCAAUGCAGCGAAGCAUGAAAUUGAUGAACUUCCACCACUGCCAAUUAUUCCUUCAGUGAAUAACUUCAACCUUGGUUAUCCCUCUGCUGUUACUUCUAAUGAAGCUACAACCUCUCACUCCCAGCCUCAUGAACAACUUCUGAAUACCAAUAGCAGCAUUCAGUGGCAAGGUUCAAACCAAAAUUCUGCAUGGAAAUUGAAGCCUAAAGAAGUUUCAGGAGAAAUUAUUAGCAUUGACAAAGCAAACUGGAUAAAUAGAAGUGAAGAUGAUAAGCAAGGAAGCAAUAAUGAAGGUCCUAGCACACAUGUUAUACCAAAUAAUCUCUUUCCAAGGGCAAACAAUCCUUCAUUCUUGGGCCUGCUAAAUACUAUGCCACAUGCUUACCAAUGGGAACCUUCAGCUGGUGAUGUUUCUCAUCAGUUGGCAAACAAUGGAUUUUCAAACCAAACAGACAUACAUAGCAUUAACGUUGUACCUUUCCCAACAUCAACGUUGUCUUUAUCUACCGGGAAUUCUCAAAUUAUGCUAUGUCCUCCAGGAGCAGCACAGCCAUAUUUUCCUUCACAUUUUACAGCAAUGGACUAUCAGAUGUUAAGUUCAGGUUCUCAAAACCCAUUCGCAAAUUCUCUCAAUCAUUCUUUCAGUUUGGCUAUGAUGUCUCAUAAACCUCUCCAUUCACCCAAGAGCAGCAAAAGCCCAUCCCACAAAGAGCAAGAUUUCCCUUCCAAGUGA